AUGAUUUUUGUGCUCAAGUUGGCCUGGCUGGAUCCCGACCUCAGGAACUUUGAAACAGAAGUCACUCUUCGAAACGAAGGCGAGGGUAAGGAGUCCAAAGAGCGUCAUCUUGAUCGAAAGCGAAUUUUACUAACGCGAAAGUAUGCCAACGGGGACAUUCAAUUUGUGGAUUUGGACGAUGCGACGCAGCGGAUGCAGACCCUUUCCAAAAGCGAGUAUGUCAGCAUGAAGGACCCUGUUUGGGCAGAUUACUUCUUCCCUGACUUCUCCUUUCUUAACAUGCAGAAUGAGGGCGUGCGAACCUUGGAGAGACGAACCCUGCUCUGGUGCGGUGACAUGGGCGGUUUUGUUUCAUAUUCCAUGAAGUACUAUGCCACAUUUCAAGAGAGCCUGGAGCUGCACAGCUUUCCGCUGGACCGCCAGCUCUGCAGGACAGGCCUUGGCUACCUUGUGGGUUGUAGCAGGGUUGCCAUGGCCUUGGCUGAAGUUGUACAUGACCGCACACCUGUACUCAACUUGAUAUCUGAAGCGAGCUGGAUACGGCUCACAGCCGAAAAGACCAUUGACGAGUUCCAGUUUGUGCCGCUGGUUGGCAGCAAGAAGAUUGCCCAGGUUUGCGACAUGUGGGGCUGUGAUGACGACAUGCAAAAGAAAUGCACGGUCUAUGUUCGCCAUUGCGACAGGUACCUGCCGUUUGAAGUGCAGCGCUCCUGUGUUUCGGUCGUCUUCCACCUGGAGCGGAAAGGUGACUACUACUUUCACAGCGUGCUCUUUAUGGUAUUCUUGGUCAAUAUCAUUAGCUUGUGCACUUUCUCGAUACCUCUCGAUGAUGUCAGCGGCCGACUUGGACACUUGAGCACAUGCUUUCUGGCGGUUCUGGCAUACCGAUACGUCAUUGACGACACGCUGCCUCGCAAGGAAUAUUUGACCGCAGCUGACUCAUACAUUAUCUUUGCAUGUAGCUUCCAGGUCCUGAUUUGUAUACAAACGGUUCUCCUUGGAUUCAUCAAUGACCGGAUGGAGAUGGAGAGCAAAACUGCAAUGGACAUAUGGGUUGGCGUGGUGUUGCUCUUAAUAUGGUUGGGUGUGAACUACUAUUUGCGUUACCUGUGGAAAUCUUCAACUCGACAAGGCUGGCAAAGUGUUUACCAGACCAACCGGGAACCAUACGCCCCGAUUCUUGAGUGCUCCGAAUGCGGACAUCGAUGGCUCUGCAAGAACUGUCAGGUGAACGACAAAAUACAUAAAUGCGAAAGCACGCACUGUGACGCAUCUGGUGAUAGCAUUGCAAUCAAAUUCCUGACUCCAGACGAUCGCCCACCCGUUGUAAAACAGCAGAAGUUCCCUUCGCCUCCGCCAGAGCUGAAGGAAUUGAGCAAGACCACUUCGCCCACCGGGGAGUCUAGUCCAUCUCCCUCCAGGCUGGGCUUUGUCAAUGAGAGCUUCUCACCGCACAAGCCGUUGUUACUCGAGAGAAUUAAUUUCACAUCGUCUGGCUACGUACGAUGA